UUCUCUUCCUCCCCUCAAAUUCAUCACAAAAAAAAAACUGCAACCCAUUUCUCACAGUCAAACAUUCUCGGAUCUGAAAACAAACCCAUUACACCUCCUGCAUCUUACACGUGUCCCAUACAUAUAACAUAUGUAUAACAACAUGGUUUCACACUUAUGAUUUAUAUUUCUUUUGUGCAGUUGCAUUUUAAACCAACAAACAAACCUGACUAACUAGAAGAUGAAGAUAUCAGCUUCAAUUCUCACAAGUUUAAUCAUAAUACUACAACUGUUAGCAAGAGCAAAUGCUGAAGCAAGAUCCCAGAUCAUCAAACUGUCAUGUGAUCUAGAACGAGAACACAAUCAAACGUUGUUCAUUCCAAACUUUGUUGGCAUGAUGGAAAGACUCCAAGCGAUAAUGCGCACUUCAAGUAAUGGAACAUCUAUUGUGGGUACAGGACCUGAUGGUAACUACGGCCUUGCGCAAUGUUACGGCGAUCUUUCUUCACAAGAUUGCAUAUUAUGCUACGCUGAAGCGCGUACGGUUCUCCCCAGUUGUUUUCCCAACAAUGGUGGUCGAAUUUACCUAGAUGGUUGUUUUAUGAGAGUGCAGAAUUAUAGUUUUUACCAUGAGUAUACCGGGCCUGAUGACAGUUAUGUUUGUGGUAAUACGACAAGAAAGAAUGUGUCGUUUCAGGAUACGGUAAAGCAGGCGGUUUUGAAUGCUGUAACGGAUGCAUCGAGAAGUAGUGAGUAUUUUGGUCGGGUGCAGAUGUUGGUGGCGAGUGGGAAUGAGUCGGUUUAUGUGUUGGCGGAGUGCUGGAGGAGUUUGAGCCCGAGUUCUUGUCGCGCGUGUUUGGAUAAUGCGUCGCUGUCGAUAGCGAAAUGUUUGCCGUGGUCUGAGGGCCGUGUGAUGAAUACGGGGUGUUUUAUGAGGUUUUCGGAUACCGAUUUUCUCAAUGCUGUACCGGACACAAGUAGCUACAAGAGAGGGAAGAUAAUUGCAAUUGUUGUUUCGGUUGUUAGUUCCGUGUCACUUAUCACAGUUGCUUCAAUGAUUGUUGUAUAUGUUUGGAAAGACAGAUACAUACAGAAGAAGAGAAAAGGUUAUUAUGAUGCCAAGAAAAUGGCGAAGAUGCUUAAUGACAGUAGCUUAAACUUCAAAUACUCCACCGUCGAGAAAGCCACAGGAAAAUGGGACGAGUCUAAUAAAUUGGGACAAGGAGGAUUUGGGACCGUCUACAAGGGGGUUCUAUCAGACGGACGAGAAAUAGCGGUUAAAAGACUUUUCUUCAACAACAAAUUUAGAGCAGCAGAUUUUUAUAACGAGGUUAACAUGAUCAGCAGUGUUCAACACAAAAAUCUGGUCAGGCUGUUAGGAUGCAGCUGUUCGGGUCCUGAAAGCAUUCUUAUAUAUGAAUAUCUACCCAACAUGAGCCUAGACCAUUUCAUUUUUGAUGCAACAAAAGGGAGGAGCCUAAACUGGGAAAAGAGAUAUAACAUCAUCAUCGGUACAGCAGAAGGCCUAGUUUAUCUUCACGAAAACACCAAAUGCCGGAUCAUUCACAGGGAUAUAAAAGCUGCGAAUAUCUUAUUAGACUUAAGGCUUCGCGCUAAAAUAGCUGAUUUUGGUCUGGCGCGUUCUUUUCAAGAUGACAAGAGUCACAUAAGUACCGCAAUCGCAGGAACACUAGGAUAUAUGGCUCCGGAGUACCUAGCCCACGGUCAGCUAACGGAAAAGGCAGAUGUCUAUAGCUUUGGUGUUUUAGUUUUGGAGGUGGUCACUGGAAUAGAAAACAACAAAAGCAAAAACACAGAAUAUACUGACAGCUUAGUUGCUAUUGCGUGGAAUCAUUUCCAACAAAAUAAGUGCGAAGAAAUCUUCGACCCUAACUUAAUGAUGCGUAACAACAAUAACCAAAAAGAGGCGAUAAAAGCGAUACAAGUAGGACUUCUUUGCACUCAAGAAGACCCGUCGUUAAGACCGUCAAUGUCAACUGUACUAAAAAUGUUAGCAAAAGAUGAUGAGCCCCUACCUCCCCCUUCUAAUCCCCCUUUUAUGGAUGAGGAUGCCAUGGAACUCAAUAUGAUCACACACAAGUUAUACCAGUACUUUAACACUGAUGAUUCUUGUUCAAUUGCUACAGUUGAAAACAGUCAUUUCUUCCCUAGGUAAUUAACCCUGGUUAGUUUCAAAAUCAACCAUCUGUGGUUAGGAAGCAAAUGUCAUGAGAUCUUGUGUAUGGAAGAAGGAAGUUCCCACUUCCCAGUUUUAUUUUUAUUUAAUUUAUUUUAUUUUUUUGAUCUAAAA